AGUCGAGAAAUCGGAGAUCUCGCAUUUGAAAUCCAGUAUUUGGAGAGUGGCUUCUAAACUCAAGUCGAGGAAUCGGAGAUCGCAUUUGAAAUCAAGUAUUUGGAGAGUGGCUUCUAAACUCAAGAAUUAAGUAGUCGAGAAAUCAGAGAUUUCACCUUUUACUUCUAUUAUUUCGAGAUUGUCAUCUAUACACAAGUUUUCUUAGAAGCAAUUAUUAAAACUCAAGAAGACAAGAAUUCAUCAUCCUUUGUUAAAUUUUUACAAAACUUAUUCUUGAGGAAAAUUUGAAGGCAGAAAAAAGCCGCAACAAAUUCCUAUCAUUGCUGAAGAUUUCAAUUUCUACAAAAUGGAUAAUCGUCAAUCAGUAAGUCAUCAAGGAGAGGGAAGAGCAUCGUGGCCAAAUGAUGCUCAAAGUGAACAACAGUUGGUUGCAUAUACUCCUAGUGGUCAGGAUGGACCAUCUACUUCUUAUAGAACACAACCACAUUCUUCGAACAGAGAUUCUGAAAUUGACGGUGGUCAUGUUCAAGACACGACAGGAUGUAAUGACCAACACGAGAUGGGAAAUGAUCUUCCCACGACAUCUAGAUUUGACGAUAAGGUUCACGAAGACCUUCUACCAGCUCAAACUGAAAGAUGCACGGACGGGAACCAUAACCUGUCCUAUAUGGGUAGCCGAGGAUUGAUUUGUACAUCCUGUGGUCAUGUGGAGCUUGACGCAGACCAGGUUAUUAGCUCGUGGGUAGACAAAGCUUAUUUCGACAGCUCUGAAGAGGAGGAAGAAGAAGGGAAGGAAACUAAAAAUGAGAGAAAAGUGUUGCAGAAGAAAGACAGCAUAUGCAAGAUGCAGCCUACUUAUGAAGAACUCCAAGAAAUUUUGGAGCAUUUGAGGAAUCGAGCUCAUAUUUAUGAUAGAAUUUUUGGCGAUGACCUUCCCACGACAUCUGGAUCUGACCAUAAGGUCAAUGAAGAGCUUCUAGCAGCUCAAACUGAAGGAUGCACCAACGGGAACCAUAAGCUGUCCUAUAUGGGCAGCCGAGGAUUGAUUUGUACAUCCUGUGGUCAUGUUGAGCUUGAUGCAUACCAGGUUAUGAGCUCAUGGGUGGAAAACGCUUAUUUCAAUAUCUCUGAAGACGUAGAUGAAGAAGGGACAGAAACUGAAAAUGAGAGGAAAGUGCGGCAGAAGAAAGGCAGCACGUAUAAGAUGCAGCCUUCUGAAGACGAAUUGAGAGAGAUUUUGGAGUAUUUGAGGAGUCGAACUCAUACUUAUGCUGAAAUUUUUGGUGAUGAGUCUACAGUCCCUCAAGUAGACAGCCACUCCAACCAGGACAAUUCUGACAGCUGCUCCAAUGCCAUGGCUCCCGUCCAAGAAUGCCAUUAUGAAAUUGAUAAUUUGGAAAGAGAUUUGGGGGAUAGUGUCAGCACCAGCAGCAUCAGCAGUGCCGAUAGGCCCUCCAAUUCGCUGGAUUCUAUUGAAGAAGGUGUUGACAUUGUUCGUUUAGAUGACAAUUCGGUAGAAACUGUUAGCAAAGGCAUUAAUGAUACCUCCUCCUGCAAGAUGGCUGCCCAAGAAGAAUGCCAAGAAGUUGCAAAUUUUGAUGAUGGUGUUGUGGUAGUGAAUGACAAUGAUGCUGCCAGUGGAGGUCAGAUUCGAUCUACCAGAAGGAUCAACACUCACCUGUCGUCGAUUUAUGUUAUGGAUGAGCUGAGUGAAUUUUUUGGGGAUGAAUACUGUACUCCGAGGAAGAAGCAAAAAGUAAACAAUGAUAAAAGAGUUGACACUGGAGAGGGCAGCACGCCCGUGGAGGCUUCUGAGCAGCGUAGAAUAGGAACUCCAAAACAAAAGGCUGCAGUGAACUCUCGUCAGAAGCAGAGGAUGCUAUCAGAAAUCUGUGGCACUGAUCAGCGACCAGACAACGCAGGAGGGCCAAAGGUCACAGUCGUACAUGCACAAAGUUCCAAAGCUCCAAGGAUUAGCAGAAAAAGCGGUGGUAAAGAUGACAUGCCGUAUUGGCUUAAAGAGAUGACCAAGUUCAUGACAGGGGCUAAAGCGAAGAAGACGAAGCCAAAACGAUUUGACAUGUCCAAGUUCCUAGAAGAAUCCAUUUUCAGACCAUCAUCUGGGACAAUGAAGACCGGCGAAGCUGAAGACUACCCUGCUCUUCCAAGGAAGUUCAGGUUUGAAGACACUGUCGUGCCACUGACAGAAGAGGAGCAGAGAGAAGCUGAGUUUGCGAAGGAGGUGGACGACUUGAUUGAUGAGCUGAACUUUAACUGCGGUGUGGAAGAUAUAGGAACAGUUACCAGCCGUGAGAUUGUUCAAGUGGAUGAGGAGGAGGAAGACACUCAGGAGCGCAGAUGUGCUCGAGGGCUGCAUGAGUUGACAUUACAAGACGAUAAAGGAUUGUAUUGUAUCUACUGUCAACAUGUAGAGAUUCAUCCGAAGGAUGUACUUCCUCCGUGGGUGAUCAAAGCACGUCAUGGGCCGGGAAAGAAGAAGCAGUCGGAGAAAGGGGAGGGUCUGGAUCUCACCACUGUCAGUCUCCCAGUAGGGGAUACAGCUGAAGGAAGCAGCCGGAAUAGCGGCUCAGUUUGGAGCAUGAUGGCUGGUGUACGAGAGACUAUGUAUGAACACCAGAAAGAAGGAUUUGAGUUCCUCUGGAAGAACUUGGCAGGCAGUACUGACAUUGCCGAGCUAAAGUACUCAAAUCUACCUGGAGUUGGCGGAUGCAUCAUUUCUCAUGCACCAGGGACUGGAAAGACACGGCUGACGAUUACAUUCCUGGAGACGUAUCUAAAGAUGUAUCCACACUGCCUGCCGAUGAUCAUUGUACCCGCAAACAUACUUUGUAGCUGGGAAGGCGAGUUCAAAAGGUGGAAGGCUGGGUUUAAUUUCCACAACCUCAACAAUACGGCUUUCAUUGGCAACGAGAGAGAGACUGCAGACCAACUCUUCGAUGGGGCGAAGAUCAGUUCCCGGGAUUUGGAGGCAAUCCGUAUGGUCAAGAUUUAUUCAUGGAAGAAGGGGGGAGGCCUUUUGGGGGUUAGUUACAAUCUUUUUGAGAAACUAACAGCGGAGAAGCACCUGGCAGCAAAUGCAGGCAAGGGGGUGCAGAGAACAGGUGCUGAACAGAACUUGGAAGUUCUCAGGUCGACACUUCUUGAGAUGCCUGAACUAGUAAUUCUUGAUGAAGGCCAUACUCCUCGUAACCACAAGACUAAGAUUUGGACUUCACUGGUUCAGCUCAAGACAGAAAAGCGUGUCAUUUUGUCGGGGACACCAUUCCAAAACAAUUUCCAAGAGCUGUUCAACACCCUAAAGAUCGUAAGGCCGACAGAAGCAGAAGCGAUUAUGCAGGAUAGGACAUUUGCUGAGAUUCUGCAUUCUGAUAAGAAAUACAAGAGCUCUCGCGCUGCUUUGCUUCCUGAAGCAGUCAAUCGUGCAGUAGAGAGGCUUAAAGUCGCCAUGUCGCUGUUUGUGCACGUGCACAAAGGAACUGUCCUGCAGGAUCUCCCCGGAUUAAAAGAUAAUCUCAUCCUCCUGAAACCGACUGGAUUGCAGAAGACACUUAUCGACAGGUUGGAAGCAGAAAGGUUAAGGAAAGGACUUCCGAGUGAAUUUGGAUUUUCGUUGGUAUCUGUUCAUCCUUACCUCACCCAACACUGCAAGUCGCAAGUGCCAACCGAUGGAAUAGAUAUGCAAGCAGUGGAGGCAUCAAAGCUCAAUUCUGGCAAUGGAGUCAAAACAAAGUUCGUCCUCGAGUUUGUCCGCCUCAGUAUGAUGCUGAAAGAAAAAGUGCUCAUUUUCAGCCAAUACAUUCCACCCUUGGAGCUGAUCGAAGAGCAUCUGACCACGACCUUCCAGUUGAAUCCCGGAAAGGAAAUCCUAAGGCUGGAAGGAAGGCUGCAGAGGAAGCAACGCCAGAAGGUGAUCAACGCAUUCAACGAUCCAGAAAAUGAUUCAAAGAUCUUGCUUGCGUCCAUAAGGUGCUGCUCUGAGGGCAUAAGUCUGGUCGGGGCUUCCAGAGUCAUUCUGCUGGACGUCGUCUGGAAUCCUUCUGUGGAACAGCAGGCGAUUUGUCGGGCUUAUAGGAUUGGGCAAACAAAGUUUGUCCAUACCUACCACCUAAUGACUGCUGGCACUUUUGAGGCGGACAAAUACUGCCGGCAAGCUGAGAAAGAGCGACUAUCAGAAUUAGUCUUCUGUUCUUCUUCGAACGAGAAGGAUAUAUCAAAGCAGCAGAUGCCGGAGAUUGAGGACAGAAUUCUUGAAGAGAUGGUCCAGCAUGCGAAGACAAAAGAUAUAUUUGAGAAGAUCAUCCACCAGCCGAAGAGCGCCGACUUGAUCCAGUCCUUGGGCGUCAGAGGUUGAGAAUAUUCUAUAAAGGUGUUAUGCUCGUCUGCAUCAUCGGGCCGUCAACUUAAGGAAAAAGAAAUGAGACACGGCAACCAGAACGUGACAGAAGAGGCAAAGGGUGAUAUAUGAUGACCAUAAGAAGUUAGCUCAGCAACAAGCACAAAUAAAGUCGCAGAUGGCUGGGUAUGAAGAUGAAUUGGCAAGAAAAAAGGAUGCAUAAAAUGAAGCUAAGCUUGCUGAGGAUGUUAAUAAUGGAUGCUAGUAGAACGUGCUAAUGCAAAGCGAGAGAAAAGGGUUGCAGCAAUUAAUACGACUGCCUUUGAGCUUCUGCUUCCUUUGUUUCUGAACGUUUUCCUCUUCAAGUGCCAUGUUUAAUGAAGAGUUCCCCUCUGAUCAUAUUCAGAGAACCCUUGAUGGACAUGGAGCAGGAGCAGGAGCACGAGAGAACAAAAUAUGACUAUCAUGGAACAGUUACGGAAAAUUCCUGCUUAUUUAGACCGUCGUGACCUAGAUGGCGAUACCGGUGCUUCCCCGAUUGCAUGAUGGUUUACAGAGUGAUUAAGAAAGGUGCAGCCGCCACUUUGCUCACCGUGUGCGCAGUCUCGGUAAAACGACGAUCUACGAAUAUCCAACCGUCGGAUUGUCCCCAAAUUUACACAGAAGAUUCUUUCGGACUAGUUUCGGUGUUGAUAUCGAAUCGGAAGAUCUAACUGUUGGAUCAGGCUGAAAUUUGAGUAUGUUGUUGGGACAUCGUGGAGUAAAUUAUGAAUGGGGGAGAUCGUGAUCAGACGUCUGGAUCAUCGAGUAUUUGGGUCUGAACAGAAGGGUAAGUUUUCUAUUUCAUUCAUAUAUUCGUUGACAAAAUUGGUAUUAUAUUUUGUGAGUUGGAACUUGGGUUGAUUUUUGUAUUGAACGAUUUGUACCCCUUUUGAUUAUAGUGGAGAU